AUGGGCCUGGCGCGUGCUCGGUUCUCCCCGCCGGCCGCGACGGAGGAUCGCCGUGAGAAAGCGCACCGAGCGCUGAGUUAUUACCUCCACCGACAGGAUCGUCCAUCACAUCCCUCUCUCCACUUGAUAGCCGCAGAUCUGUUUCGCGCUGCCUCCCACCCAGAUCCUCACCAGCCCCAUUCGCCCCCCGUCCAAUGCCAACGUCGUCUGUGCGAAUCUCAUGCCCAAACCAUAGCGUCCUUCUCAGCGUGUGUCGCGACUCUACAUACGACCGAUCACGUCAACUACCAGCCUCUACAGAUCCCUGUGCAAAUUGACAAUCGUUUCACCGGCGACAGCACCGCCUCCACUGAUCCUCCUCCUUUCACAUGCAAGGAGCAGGUCGACUUGGCCGGCGUCCCCGCAGGAGAGCAGGACACCAAGCUCAAUCCGGGGGUCAAGAAGGAUGGCCACGCGGGAGGAGGAUGUGCGAGGGACGAAGAUGCUUUGCGCGAACUCAUCACGUGA